AUGAUAGCCCCUUCAGUUACAACAGUCAUUCCAGCAACCUUUUCUUCAAAUAAUGGCGGGGCUUUCUUUUUACAUGGAGACCUUUUAGCCCAAAAUCAUAUUGGAACAGAAAUAGAAAAUAAUUUUGAAGAAAAUAUUGAAAAAGAAGGAAAAGAAGGGGAAGAAGGGGAAAUAAAUAAUAAUCGAGAACAACAAUUACAUCGACGUUGUGCUCUUAUUCCUGACGAGAAGGGAAUGUUGGGGGGAGAAUCGGAUAGGGAAGAUGACGAAAAUGAAGAGGAAAACUUUGAAAAUGAAGAAAAUAAUUAUGGAGAAUAUAGAGAGGGGUCUAGUGGUAAUGGAUGUUGUAAUAAUGUUAUUAUUGUACCUCAUGUACAUGUAACGACAGAUGAUAAUUUUAAUAAUAAUGGAAAGAGAAGGAGAAGUGAAAGGCAACAAUCCCCACAAUUACAUUAUUUUAAUAGGGCUGUAACUGCAAAUGGAACUGGACUUUUAGCUGAUUUGCAACGUGCAACACUUGCCGCCCCUCAUUUCUAUGCAGAAAAUUCCGGAAAUGAGUGUCGACCGAAAAGGUCCUCUUGGAUAUUACGAAGAUUGUAUGAAUGGUCACAUCGUGCAAAAUCUCGAGAAAUGGUUAAACAUGUCCAUGCAGCUUUGGGGGCUACUUCGAAUGAUAAUUCUGGUUCUGUAUCUCCAUCACCCCAUCAUUCAACUGGCACAGAUAGUGAAAGCGGGGAGGGAGGGAGUAGUGAAUCUGAGACGUAUUUUGAGAAUUUAAUGAAUAUUCAAUGGGAAGAAAUGUUUAAUUCUUCUGAAACAACCAAUUUAAAUGAACAACUUAGUGAGAGAGAUAAACGGCGUUUAAAGGUUGUAUGGGAAUUAUUUCACAGUGAAUUAAUUUUUCUAACGAGGCAAUUGUUGGUUUUGAGAAAUGUUUACAAAGAACCUCUAAAAAGAUGUCAAGUAGAAGGGUGCCUUUUAAGUGUAGAGCCUGAUCUUCUUUUUGGAAAUUUGGAACAAUUAAUUAGAAUUAGUCGCCGAUUUUGUCGUUCAUUUAUUUCCCUUCUCCGCGAUGUAAAAAAUGACGGCCCUCCAUUUAAUAAAACAACACAAAUGAUUGUUCAAUUAUUUAAAAGAUUUUCUAAAGGCCCCUCCACAAUUUCUGCAUAUCAGGCUUACUGUAUUAAUUAUAGAGCAACAAUUGAAUAUUUGGGAACAAUUAGACAAAAAGAUGAACGUUUUGUUGAUUUUGAAAGAAUUUGUGUGACUGACCCUCGUUGUGAACGUUUACAAUUAGAGGAUUUAUUAAUUUCUCCCUUACAACGAAUUACUCGUUUACCUAUUUUAUUAAAAGAAAUUCUAAAACAUACAGAACUUCAACAAGAUAGACAAAGCCUCGAAAAAGUUUUGGAACAAAUGAAUGAAAAUUUAAGAACAAUAGAUGAUAGUGUUCAAUGGUUACAUAAUUUUGAACGUCUCCAACAACUUCAACGACAAAUUGUUUGGCCUUCAGUUACUGAAAUUGAACCUAAAGCUUUUAUUCCUGAUUUUCUAAAAAAUGCAGUUUCAAAACAAUUUUGUGAAAAUUUUGUUGCCCAUCCUCGAAGAAAAUUGUUACACGAAGGGUAUUUGGAAUUUAUUGAAAAUGGACGAAAUUCUGAUUGUUAUUGUUUUUUAUUUAAUGAUAUGUUUUUAGUUACGAAAGUAAAGAAAGUUGCUUCUAAAUCGAAGGUAGUAUUUGCUUUGGAAAAAAGUAAAAAUUUUGAGGAAUUAUUUGAAAAUUUAAUUCAGAAAAAUAUUGGUAUUUUUCCUUCAACGCCCCCAUCAUUUCCUCUUCAGCUUCCAUAUAAUUAA